CGUUCGACCAGCCUUCUGACCGCUGGUUCUCCAUACAUAUUCAAUCACAAUCAUGGUCGUCGACAGCACCAAUGGUAGCGGUCGCACUGUAGUUGCAGAUGACGGAACGGCUGUCAUUCAACUGGAUCCCUGGUUGGAACCCUUCGCCCCAGCGUUGCGAGAGCGCUAUAGCCUUUUCAAGAAGCAGCUCGACUCCAUCAACAAGUAUGAAGGGGGUCUCGCCAAGUUUGCAGAGGGCUACAAGGUCAUGGGUUUUCAGGUCGAUAGCUUUGGCGGUGUGAGGUAUCGGGAGUGGGCCCCCGGAGCAACAGAAGCGAGGCUCAUAGGUGAAUUCAACAACUGGUCGCAUACCGCCAACCCGAUGACAAAAUCACCUUUUGGCGUGUGGGAAUGCUACGUUCCUCCAACAGCUCCCGGUGUGUGUCCGAUCCCACACGAUUCCAUGGUCAAGAUUUCCAUGACUAUGCCUUCCGGCGUUUCCAUAGAUCGUAUUCCGACGUGGAUCACUCGAGUAACUCAGAAUAUCAAAGUAUCACCCAUAUACGAUGGUCGCUUUUGGAAUCCGCCCAAAAAGCAAGUGCACCAAUUCAAGCAUGGACAUGCCACGCAAGGCAUUGAGGGCCUCAAGAUAUAUGAGGCACACGUCGGCAUCUCAAGCCCCAACAUGCGCGUCACUACCUAUAAGGAAUUCGAAACUGAUGUACUGCCUCGCAUAAAGAAGCUCGGAUAUAACUGUAUACAGAUGAUGGCCAUCAUGGAGCAUGCUUACUAUGCCUCAUUCGGCUACCAAGUCACCAACUUCUUCGCCAUCUCGUCGCGCUUCGGCACUCCCGAGGAGCUCAAAUCUCUCGUGGACAAGGCUCACGAAUUGGGCCUGGUGGUACUUUUAGACGUUGUUCACUCUCAUGCCUGCAAAAAUGUCCUGGAUGGCAUCAAUAUGUUUGACGGCACAGAUCAUCUCUACUUCCAUGAAGGUGGUCGUGGACGCCACGAACUCUGGGACUCACGAUUGUUCAACUAUGGGCACCAUGAGGUCCUCCGCUUCCUUUUGUCCAAUCUUCGCUUCUACAUGGACAUUUACAUGUUUGAUGGUUUCCGAUUUGAUGGCGUGACAAGCAUGAUGUACACCCAUCACGGCAUCGGAACGGGAUUCUCAGGUGGUUAUCACGAGUACUUUGGUCCGUCGGUGGACCUCGAGGCCAUGACGUAUCUCAUGCUAGCCAAUCAUAUGUUGCAUCAGACCUAUCCUAACGUGGUGACCAUUGCAGAAGAUGUUUCGGGGAUGCCUACGCUAUGCCGGUCAGUGGAUGAAGGCGGUGUAGGCUUCGACUAUCGGCUGUCCAUGGCCAUCCCCGACAUGUGGAUCAAGCUGCUCAAAGAAAAGUCCGACAAUGAAUGGAGUAUGGGUGACAUCGUCCAUACGCUCACCAAUCGCCGUCAUCUGGAAAGAAGUGUUGCAUAUGCCGAGAGUCAUGAUCAAGCGCUGGUUGGAGAUAAGACAUUGGCAUUCUGGCUGAUGGAUAAGGAGAUGUACGACUUCAUGUCGGACCUCUCUCCCUUGACCCCAGUCAUUGAUCGCGGAUUAGCUCUGCACAAGAUGAUUAGAUUCCUUGUACACAGCUUAGGCGGAGAAGCUUACCUAAAUUUUGAGGGCAAUGAGUUCGGCCACCCGGAAUGGAUGGAUUUCCCUCGUGAAGGUAAUGGCAACUCCUUUGCCCACGCCAGAAGGCAGUUCAACCUCGUCGAUGACCCUCUGCUCCGCUAUAAGUAUCUCAAUGAGUUUGACAUCGCCAUGAAUUGGCUGGAGGCGAAGUACAGAUGGCUAAGCUCUCCUCAGGCGUACGUGUCACUCAAGCAUGAGGGCGACAAAGUCAUCGUCUUUGAGCGGGCAGGUCUUUUGUUCAUAUUCAAUUUCCAUCCUACCGAAUCGUUUGUGGACUAUCGAGUCGGCAUCGACGUCCCAGGCGAGUACAAAGUAAUCUUGACAAGCGAUGAACCUAAGUUUGGCGGUCACAGUCGCAUCGACCUUAGCGGCAAGUAUUUAACGACUCCCAUGGAAUGGAAUGGGCGGAAGAAUUGGGUCCAGGUUUACAUCCCUUCACGAACCCUUCUGGUUCUGGGUCUGUGAAGGUGGACAAAGGGAUAGCGCCUAAAGGGCUAGGAAGAUGUGUCCCAAUCGUAACGACAUGCAUGAGGACUGCACGACUGA